AUGGCACAGCAGCAACCAUCCCGGCGCGUCCUGGAAUGGAUCAAGCAACAACAUGCCGAAGCGGGGGACACUUCACGUAGGACGCGUAAGAUAAAGGGAAGACCUCGAAACUCGCUAGAAGACGCCCUGCAAAAUGAUCCAGCCACAUCUGGCCAAACCCCCCAGCAGAUUCCACUGCCCAGUUCUCGCGAAGGGUCGGCGACGACCAGUGACCCUGGAGAACGAGGUCGAGAUGCAGCGAGAUCCUCUCUGGAGGAGUUGAUUGAUCGUGACGACGCAUUCAUACUGCCUUCGUCUAUUCCAUUGCCACCAUCACUGCCGCCGUCACCGAAACUACCUCCACUAGUACUACAGGCGACAGAUAAGCCGCCGAAGCGCCAAACCUAUGCUCAAAUUCUGGACCGCGCAGCGGGUGUAUUCGACCACAUCAAAAAUGGCAAUAUCCGCAAGGCUCCACGAGUGGAGAAAACCUCCAUCACGCUCUAUGAAUACUACAGCGAUAACACGGCCGCAAGUGUGGAAAUUGAUGACCCCGAGUCCAUUUCCUACUAUCGCGACGCGCCUGAGGGGUUGAGCGGGCGCGUGUUCAUAGUUGAAGACCUAUCAAAACGUACUAUCCACGCCUUAGGGGAGACAUUCGGAGUCACGCCAGAAUUCUUUGAAGAACAUCUGUUGAACUCUGGGUACGGUGGUGCGCAGUAUGAUGACCCGCCAGUGCGAUCAUGGAAGACAGCCGGGUUGAACAAGUCAUACGUGUCGAUACAGUGGGUUCGGCCCAUGUAUCGUCGCCAACCGUUAUUCUCGAACCGCGACCGGGAAGAUCUACUUGAUUUGGAUCGUGAUGGGCUGGAUUAUAUAUCUGGAAACUCAAUCUUUAGUCUCAAAGCCGAGACAAAUAUCUUUCGUCCCGAAUGGGACCUACGGGUUGAUCCACGCCGGACGGCAAAGGAGACAAGGGAGUUUGGCUUGGUCGAACGGGCAUCAAUCUGGAAGAAGGAGGCUGAGGAUAAAGACUAUGAGAUCGUUAUCGUGUUGCUUGAUCCUCUGCCGACCAUUAGUUAUAGCCAUGAUCAGACGCAAGAAAUUCCGAAGAUCGAUGGUAACUCUGAUGGUGAUUACGAUGAGUAUGAUGCUGGUGAUGGUGACGAAGCAGGAACUCGACCGAUUUUAAUAAUCGAGGGCGAUGAUGGCGUCCAGGCGCUGACGAUCCCAAUUGAGAACCCACGGCGGGAGACAACCAGACGUCGGGUAUUGGACUGGCUGCUCAGGCGACCGAGGCAAGAAGUCCAUAGAACAAAGGUUAAUCUCGAGAGGACCACCCAGGUUUUGGUCAAGCAGAUGGCUUCACGAAAGCCCGUUACUAUCGAUCUAGAGGAGGCUAUUUUGACAGGCAAGCUCUUGGCGACUCUCCAGGAUGAGCUCAAUGAGACUAGGUCUACCCGACAGGAUAUUCAUCAUAUGGUAGACAAAAAGACCACGCCAGUCAGUCUGCUCGAUGCAUUGUUCGAGAUCAUCCGCCAAGACACUGUGAUCUUGCUUCGGGCGCUCAACGAGAUCUUGAGCGACAUGGAAGUCGAUAUCCUGGAUGACACGAAGAUGGAGGAUCGAUUGGCCUUGUGGCGUCAACUCAUAAGUAAAGCCGAGCGAGAGCUAUUGGAUCUCAUUGCCUCUAUUAGAGGCUUUCUGGCGUUCUUUGGUAUCAAACAGCCAGCCAAUGCGUCUCUAGCAACAGCCGGCGACAGCUCAGACAUCAUACAAAGCGUAUCAGAUCUCUUCGACCAAAUCAACCAGAUGCUUGCCCGGCUCCGACGCGCAUCUUCGUCCUUGACGUCCAACAUGGGCCUCCUGGACAGCCGACGUUCCAUCGACGAGGCACACGCCGUAACGCGACUCACUGAGCUGGCGUUCAUCUUCAUUCCACUCUCGUUUUCAACAUCCGUUUUUGGUAUGCAAAUCGAGCCCUUCAAAGACUCAGCGCCAGUGUGGAAGUUUUUCGUUGUCGCAAGUACCGUAACGACCUUUGCGUACCUGAUGCGGCUGACAAUGCGCAGCCAAUGGCUAGCGAGUCUGAAGCAGAAUGUGAAGCAAGAUGUUAGACGCUACGCAGAACAACACAGCCUUCCCGUGCAGGUCAGGUCUCUCUCAAUGUUGCUACUCUUACGAUGGUUCGGAAGUGUACUCAACCGGAGCGGCAAGGCAACGUGGGCAUGGAUAGACAGGAAUAGUCGCAAGGCUGGGACCGAGUUAUGGCAGGUGGUCGGAUUCCCAGUCGGCCUCAUUCUGAUGACCGGUCUUGUUGCUGCUGCACCCAUAGCUGUACUCUGGACUCGAAAUAUGGACCAGGGCGUACAGGGCACAGUUACCGCUGCAAUCAUGCUUGCCAUCUUGGGCCUGGUUGGCGUACCGUAUUGGCGCAAAUCCGACCCAGACUUUCGCUAUGCAUUGCCCAGAAUCGUCAUGCGCCUGCUCGACAGGAUUCCGCCAACGACCCGCUUGUUACUUGUCUGGGCGCUUGGGAUCAUGGGCUUCGUUGCAAUCCCUCUCGCAUUGAUAUGGACGCGUCCAUUGGCGUCAGGUAUUAAAGCCGGCUUGGCUGCGGCCAUUCUGCAAAGCGAGAGCGACAACGCCGAGGCAGACCACUGCAGCCCACCCGAGAAUCAUCGCGGCAGUCCCAACAUGGCUCUCGAUGGCUCCAUACGUAAGACUCUCCGACAUGGUUCCCGCAGCACUGCUAUUGAUGUGCUGCCAGAGGAUUGA